AUGAGAUUUUUAAAGAUCAGCGCAAUAUCUUCAAGAUCUCCAACUCCCGAGAAACUCACCCCCCACAGAGUAAAACGUACAGUUCCUCCAGAGCAGGACAAGGAAUUGAUUCAGACUCCCAGCAGUCUGUUGUUUGUGGUUCUAGGAUGGAGCGGCAAUGCACCUACGGUCACCAUUGAAGCCUACCUCCCGCAGGCGAAGAGAUGGUUCUACAUUCCUCAGAAUAUCUUUGUCAAAAGGGCUUAUCAUGGUGUCGUAAUACUAGGUAUAUUAAUUUAUGUGAUCGGAGGUUUCGAUGGUCGGUAUUGCCACAAUACUACCUUUUGUUUCAAUAUCCACAAGCGUCGUUGGUACCGCAGGGCCUCCAUGAAAGUACCUCGCUGCUACGUCACUGCCUUGGGGUUCAAGGGGAUGGUGUACGCUCUUGGAGGUUACGAUGGAGACGAAAGAUUCAGGUCCUGUGAACGGUUUGAUCCUCGAACACGAGGCUGGAAGUAUUUUUCAAGCAUGAAUGAAAGGAGGAGCGAUGCCUCCGGAACAGUACACAAUGGUAAAGUAUAUGUUUGUGGUGGAUUUGAUGGUUAUAAAGUACUCAAAAACGUUGAAAUGUAUGAUCCUGAUCAAGACCAGUGGACGCUCAUUUCUGAUAUGCUAGGACCAAGAAGUGGUCAGGUUCUCAUAUCUCACAAAGGAAAACUACUGGUCAUUGGAGGAUUCAACGGUGAAAUGAGACUGCGAACAGUGGAACGCUUUGACGAAGAAAAGAAUGUUUGGGUCCAGCACAUUCCGUUACUGAAUGCAAGAAGCAAUUUUGCUGCGGUGGUGUUGGAAGAUCAGUUACACGUCAUCGGCGGAUACAAUGGUGAAUAG